CCCCAUCUCGACAAAACCGCCCACAAUUCUUUUGAAUUCUUGCCUGGAAAUCUUAGAUCUUUUUGGCAAGACAGAGUUCUUGCUUUUAAAUCAAACACGCUCUCCAAAAUCGUACAAUUGGAAAACCUUUUCCAAAAUCUCUCUGCCAAUUUUUGUUCAUUUUGAUUUUUCUUCUUUUUCUUUUCAACACGAAAGAAAGGAAGAAAUGGGAACUCGUGUACCAGCCGAUGGUUUUAUGGACCGCUCAGCACUGUCUGGCAGGGCAGCAGGCCGGCCGAGUAGGGGAGAGACAUCCUCCUCCGUACCCUAUCGCCGGCCCUAGACGACAGCCGUCCACGUCGCUGCGCUCACCGCUCACAAGACGGUGAUCACCGCAAGCCAGACGCUGCCUUCUCCGCUUAAUCUCUCCUCAAAUAAGUGGAGAAGGGAAUAAAGCGAAGCUAGGGGAAAACUUUGUUUUACAUACCCAAAAAAAAAAAAUCUCGGCGUGGAAGCAAUUAGGGACGCAGUAGACCCAAGCUUUUAUCAAUGCAUGAAAGCGAAAACUGAUCGCCACCGCCGUAAUUACGACCGCAGUGGGCGGGUAAUUGAUGGCUUGUUCGAGCCAAAAGUAAUCAUCCACGUGCCCCCAGUGAGAGGUUAAUUUAUAUUUAAGCCGAGCAUAUCUCCAGCUGUAAAAACCGAGAAUUAGACAAAAAUAAAAUCCUUCGCCGCUGCGGCUCCGCGGUUUGCCGUGCAAGACCUGAUUCGUGCGUGCAUAAAUGCAUCAAGCAUGUCGAAAUGGUUGGUGCGUGGAAUGGCGAUGGCGGCGAAGAAGUAUGUGGACGAUGCGACCAUGGCGCAGCCAGUGGACGUGAUGUGCGGCGAUCUCUUCGAUCACAUCGACGACUUGCUGGACUUCCCCAACGAAGACGACGUUCCAGGGAUGGACGACUACCAAUGUGGGCCCGCCCCUCCAGCCCCCGCUCCGGGUUUCACCCCGCUGCUCCCUUCCCUUCAGGCCGAUGGCUUGUUGGGCGGCGGCGGCCGAGGAGGAGGAGGAGACUCCACCGAUGGCUCUGGCGACGGUGCCGGCGGCGCUGCUUCCGCCUUCCACCGGGAGGAGGGAAAACUCGUUCCGUGGGACGACCUUGACAUCGCCGAGGCCGAGCUGGGGUGGCUAUCCAAUUUCUUCGAUGACAACGAUUCCUUCACCGCCGACUUCCCCAAAUGUGGCACCACCAUCGGCGCCAACUACAGCAAUAGUAACAGCGGCAAGAGCGAGGAGGACUCCCUCUUCCGCACCUCCAGCCCUGUAUCCGUGCUCGAGCCUAACAGCCUCAGCAUCGGCGGCAGUGGCGGAGGUGCCUCCUCCUCUUCCUCCUCCUGCUCCGGCACCGGUGGAGGAAACAGCGGCGCAAGGGCCCAGGAUGCUCUUCCCAUAAGCCAUCCGGAGCCCAUUCUGGUGGUCCCGGCCCGUGCUCGCAGCAAACGCCCCCGACCUGCCACAUUCUCCCGCCCUCACGUCACCAUUCCCUUCCUCCCCCCCUCCUCCGACAGCAUACCUGUCGCCUCCUCCUCUUCCCAAUCCGAGAGCUUCGGCGAGUCCAAUCCCGGACCGGCUACGAUGACACAAAAGAAGAACAAGACGAAGAAGAGCUCUGCUGGCACUGCUGCUGGAGGAGACGAGGCACCCCCGGUGAGGAAGUGCAUGCAUUGCGAGAUCCAGAAGACCCCCCAAUGGAGGGCGGGGCCGAUGGGGCCCAAGACCCUCUGCAAUGCCUGCGGGGUCCGCUACAAGUCGGGAAGGCUCUUCCCUGAGUAUCGCCCUGCCGCCAGCCCCACCUUCGUCCCCGACCUCCACUCCAAUUCUCACAAGAAGGUGGUCGAGAUGCGGAUCAAAGCCAGCCAGGCUUCCAAGGACAGCUGCGAUCUCCUUGCUUACAUCCGGAGGAGGGAGUGAUGAUGAACCACAUGGCUGUGGUUUUCUUUCUUUUCCUUUUAGUUUCAGAGUUAUCUCGAUUCAUCGUCUUCUUCUUGUUGUUCUUUUUUUUCUUUUCCCCUUUGAUUUCUUUUAAUAUUCUUCUUAUUUUUGUACAGAGAAGGGAGGGGAGGGAGGGAGAAAUAGAGGAGUGAUAGGCGACCCACUAGCUGAGACAUGAAACAGAGGGAAGAGAUAAUUAGAUUGAGCUGUAGUAAUUAGAAGCAGGGAGGGAAAAAAAUGAGAGUCUUAGAACGGGGCUAUCGAAGUGGAGGGAUCUAGUUUGAUAAUGCAGCUUGGUGUGUUGUAUUCUUUUUGCAGUCGAUUGAUUAUCUAGAAACACUAUAAAUUGUUUGAUUCUGCAUCCAUUUAAUUAUUAUUAUUAUUAUUAUUAUUUAAUUUUUGUUUUCUCAUUCAUCUUCAAUGCUGCCAUAUGCCCUUGAUCUAAAUUAUAAACUUUCACCAGCAAUCAUAUGGCUGUCUUUUUUUUGAAAGGUGGUCCUGGCAUCAUCGUCGUCCAUCACUGCACGCAUGAUGGGAGUUCAUAAAUCGAUCGGUUGCUAUGAAAGUUUUUAUGGAUGGAGUUGCUGCGCAAUGUCAUGGUGAGCAAAUAGCAUGAUGUUGCUUUUCUUCGGGCCUAUGGGCAAAGUCUUCGUCCCAGCUUUUAAUAUCUUGCUAUUGUGAUGGGGAAAGCAACGAACACUCAAUGAUCAGAUUAUCUGAUAAAGCUCUAAGAAAAAAAGCUUGAUGCACCAUAAUAGAUUAAUGUCUUAUUUUGUGUUGCUAUUUGAAUCGGUCAAAUUCGAAGACAGACAUCUGGAUACCUCGUGCAGCGAUGUUGGUGCUGGAGUCACCUGCAAACUAAGUUUUAAAUCGGAAGUUGUAGUUCCGACAAGAAUCUUCCGAUGCUCAAGUCAGAAAAGCAAAAAACAAAAAAGCAGCAACGGAUUCUUUGAGAGGGAUUUGAUUGGAUUUAUCUGGGUCCUCGAGGUUCUGAUUGUUUAUACAGAAAGAUGUCGGACAGUUGGAUUGUUAGCUGUAAAAUUGCACGAUCUCAAGAUUGUUGGAUCGUUAGACAUGCCAAAUUGGGUGAGAUAACUUGGCCCUUAAUCGCUUCCGUGUGAUCAGGGGAGAUGGUUACGUCAAAUCCUAUCUAUUCGGGAUAGACAGCUGUCGUGCAUAUUGAAAAAAUAAGUCGGCUGAACAGCUCAUACACAGGUCAGACAUUGGGGGCGUCUCAGCUCAAUAUGGAGAUAAAUUCUUCAGCUCAUACGACGGUCAGCGAUCGUGUUGAUGAUCCAAGAACUUGAAAUGUCUUGUGAUAUAGUGUUGAUUCGAGAUGCUCACAAUAAUCACCGUAACACUACCCCCUACUCCUAAGUCUAAAGAUCAAGCGAAAGGAGUACUCCAAAUAUGUCUCAAAUCUAAUGCCAUGCGCUUCUGUCUUUACGCCUACCUUCUGCAUUUAAGACAUCAGCCUAAUACGACUGACGCGGACGGGCAUAACUAAUGGGAUCACUCAGACAAUGAUCCCUUUAAGGUUUUAAUUACUUUGUGGUGGCUUUUCAUUUUCUUCCUCCUUUAAAUUUAUGCUUUGAAGGCACAGAAAGCCACAGAUCUUUUUUGUGCUGAUUAUUCAUCAUGAUUUUUCGGAGCAAGAUGGAUUCACAGCGCGUGAAGAGAGUAAAUUUUAGCUCACAGGAGGCAGAUUGUAAUUUUGAUUGCUGAAACGAGAUCCACGAUCGGAGAAGAACAUGUCGCUCCUACCGUUGAACCCACGGCCCUACCAUUAGAAGCUGUGGCGCAGGAUUUUUCAAGAGAAGUUUCAGUCGAUAGGGCACUGACGGGGAUGGCAAUGGAAAUGAGCAUCGAGGGACGCUCUGAAAAAGAUCCGAUUGAGAUAGCACAGAUAGAAGAGGCGGUUAACAAUCCGGAGAAGGAUCUGACGACGAUGAUGGAGACUGGGGGAUCUCUAGAGAUGACGACUCUUGUUGGGCAAUUUCUUACAUCCACUACUCAUGCGGGACUCUCAGAUUCGACCCCUCGUGCUUCAUCCAUAGAAGAGAGCCUCCAAUCUAUGAUAGAAUACUUGAGGAACCUCCUAUCGCCAGCCAAUAUGUUGUUUCUCAAUGAACAAAGAGGGGAGAAGCGAUCUGCCAAUGUCUAUGAUGCUGGAAGGUAGUCUAUCCGAAUCCGAGUUGCCACCAAAUAUCCGGAUCUUGACUUGAAUUUCUUAGAUGAAAUCUAGGAUCCUACCACGGUGGAUCUUUCAACGACCGGCACCUCAGAUCCAGGUCCCGCCUUGUAAUUUCUGUAUUUUUUUUCAUAUUUUAAGAUCAUUGUAAGAAAAUUUUGAAAGGAAUAAAAUGAGUAGAAUUCUUUUUAUCAUA